GUCAAUGUCAUGAUUGCAAGUGCACGUUUUACUUUCUGCGGAGGUCUCCGAAACGGACGCAGAUCAUUUUCCCCUCUAGAUAGAAUUAAGGACUGUCAUGCCAUGACUGUACCUGUGAUGGCCUUGAGCUUAGAUAUGACAUGAAUAUCCAGCCUUGAAAUUGACAGCAGAUGUAGUAUUACUCUCGUUGAAAUUUGCUUCCAUCUGGAGCUGGAUUGGUUAUGCAAAGCAGAUCAUGCAAGCAGGCUGACUUUCGAUCAAAUGAGCAAGGCCAGGGGACGCUACUUCAACAGCCACAGAGGCCGAGACCGGGGCGCCAGAUGGGAUGGAGGCCAGGAAGACGGGCGAGCGGGACCCAGCAGCAGAGAUGGAGAAGAAGGAGGGAGUGGGUGGGGACAAGGCCACGGUGGAGGGGGUAAAAUGGGCGGACCACCACCGGGGCUGAGGGGACGACAGAUCGGCAUGUGGUAUGCUGCACGCGGGAGGGCAAAGAAAGCGGCCGAAGAAGCCAGAAAUAGGCCCGUCAUAGGUAUGCAGCCCGAGCAUGAGCGGCACAUCUGCAAGUUGUUGGACGAUGUGAGAAACCAGGGAUCUGAUGACGAAGAACAACUCGAAAACAUGGAAGUUACCCCCAGGAAAAAUCCGCAAGAGGAGCAGUUCCACUCAUUCUACAGCCACGUGCUAACCCGAGAUGCUGGCCUGGACGAUAGACUACGGCUGGAGCUGGAGACUAAGUUGGCCAACAACCGGCAAUACAGAGACAUGCAGGAGUUCCGCAAGAAGCUGCCAUCCUACAAUAUGAGACAUGAGCUUCUGCGUUUGAUCAGCGAGAACCAGGUGGUGGUCAUCAGCGGGGAGACAGGCUGCGGCAAGACCACCCAGGUGCCCCAGUUUAUCCUAGACCACCAUAUCCAGCAAGGUCAGGGGUCGACCUGCCGCGUCAUCUGUACUCAGCCCCGUAGAAUCUCAGCCAUAUCGGUGGCUGAGAGGGUGGCGUGUGAGAGAGGUGAGGCAUGCGGCAAUGGCAACAGCACGGGGUACCAGAUUAGAUUGGAGGCACGGUUCCCACGGCAACAGGGCUGCAUCCUCUACUGCACCAAUGGUAUCUUGCUGAAGUGGCUGGAAUCAGACCGACUUCUGCAAAGCGUAAGCCACGUUGUUCUGGACGAGGUUCAUGAGAGAGACAUCAUCUCUGACUUCCUGCUGGUCAUUCUCAAGGAUAUUCUUCCCAAAAGACCGACGCUCAAGUUAAUCCUGAUGAGUGCGACCCUCAAUGCCGAACUGUUCUCAGCCUACUUCCACGGUUGCCCGAUGGCCAACAUUCCUGGUUUCACCUUCCCCGUCCUGGAGUACUGGCUGGAGGACGUUCUUCAGAUGACCAAGUAUCAUCCUCCUGAGCAGCGUAGGAGACACGAGCCGGUGUGGCUAAAGUUUCGACGUGGGAAGCGCUACCGGGAGGAUGAGCUGAAGAAAGAGGAGGAAUUCAAGGAGAGGUUCAGCAACUACAUCGUCGAAAUGCGACAAACAUAUCCUGAAGAGGUGGUGUAUCAUCUCGAAAACAUGGACCAUGAGAAUAUGGAUCUGGAGAUGGUUUCUUCUGUCAUUCGUUACAUCUGCCUCAACAAACCGGAGGGCGCCCUUCUGGUCUUCCUCCCAGGCUGGGAGCAGAUCUCCAAAGUGAACGACCUCCUGACCCAGCAGCAGAUGUUCCGGAACAACAACUUCCGCAUCAUUCCCCUGCACUCCAUGAUGCCCACAGUCAACCAAAGACAGGUAUUUGAGCGACCCCCGCCGGGCGUCCGCAAGAUCGUCAUAGCAACCAACAUUGCCGAGACGAGCAUAACCAUUGACGACGUGGUGUACGUCAUCAACCUGGGCCGCGUCAAGGAGCGGAACUUUGACGUGGAAAACAACCUCAGCACCUUGAAGCCGGAGUGGAUCAGUGUAGCAUCAGCCCGUCAGAGAAGGGGGAGAGCUGGCAGAGUGCAACCCGGGGAGUGCUAUCAUCUAUACAACCAGCUUAAGGCGGCCAUGCUGGCAGACUACCAGCUGCCGGAGAUGCUGCGGACGCCACUGGACGAACUCUGCCUGCAAAUCAAGUCACUGAAGCUUGGUAGUGUCCACGGCUUCAUUGAGAAGGCCCUACAGCAGCCUGACCCUGGGGCAGUGGACCUGGCAUUGGAAAGCCUAACACGGAUGAAUGCUUUGGAUGAGAAUGAGGAACUCACCCCGCUGGGUUACCACCUUGCCCGGCUCCCUGUCUCCCCGACAAUCGGCCGCAUGAUUCUCUUCGGUGCCAUGUUCUGCUGCCUGGACCCCAUCCUAACCAUCGCUGCCAGCCUUAGCUUCAAGGAUCCCUUUGUCAUUCCACUGGGCAAGGAGGAGAUGGCCGACGCCCAGCGUAAGCGCAUUUCGGAGGACACGUUCAGCGACCACCUCAUGCUGGUCAAUGCCGUGGCUGGCUGGGAAGAGGCCAGAGACCGCGGACGACAGGCCGAGAGUGAUUACUGCUGGAGGAACUUCAUGUCCAUCACCACUCUCAAGAUGCUGGACAACAUGAAGACCCAGUUCUGUGAGCUGCUGGCAUCCAUAGGCUUCGUGGCUGGGAAAUCCUGCAAACAGAGGGCAGCUAACAGGAACUCAGACAACAGGCAGCUAGUCAAGGCUAUACUGUGUUCAGGUCUGUAUCCGAAUGUGGCCCAGGUGAAGAAGAACUCAUUCAACAGGCGAGAAGGAAGACUAAGGCCAGCUAAGAUUAUGACUCCCCAAGAUGGGCGGGUCAAGAUCCAUCCCAAGUCGGUGAACUCCGACGAGGCUCACUUCCCCACCAACUGGAUCCUCUACCAUCUCAAGCUGAAAUCCACCAACGUGUUUCUCCACGACACCAGUGCCGUGGAACCCUACCCUCUGCUGUUCUUUGGCGGGAAGAUUGGUGUCACUCGAGAGGAAGGGCUGGAGAUGAUCACCGUCGACGAUCACAUCAAAUUCUCUGCCCCGGCCAGAAUAGCCUAUUUAGUCAAGGAUCUCCGGUGUGAACUGGACAAGCUCCUGCAACAGAAGAUCAGCCAACCAGGGAUGACCUGCUGGCGUCAAGACACCAAGGAGGGCCGGAUCAUGCAGGCCAUCAUCGACCUCAUCACAACCCAGGAGGACAGCAGACAGUCUGCCUGGUAGAGGGGCCCUGCUUCAUGGGGCAACCUAUGUACUGACUCGACUUGCAGUCAAAACAUGAAGGCCAUCAUGUCAUGGAGGCUGCCAAUUGCACAAUUGGUCUGCAAAUAUUUGAUGAGCCGGUCUUCUUUGAAGGCCUGGCAAACUCAGUGAGGUCAAGCGAGGUUGUGAUGACCACACUUGGGUCAACAUGGAAUGCAAGGCCAUAUCAUGGAGAUCAUUACUUGCCUGAUAAGAACUAAGCUAGGUGAACUAUAACAUUUUCAGCAGAGUUUAGAGUUCGUCUACAUGGAAAACCAAGCAUUGGCCUUUUCAUUUGUGAGAUGUACUUAAUAGUGACAAAGGCAGAUCUAGAACCCAAUUUUUGUUGGGGGGGGGGCAAAUUUUUUGGGGGGACAGAAGUGGUUGAAGUUUUGGGGGUAACCUAUUUUUGGGGUGAGGCUACAUUUGGGGGCUUUUUACACGCUUUUCGAAGGGAGGGAAAUAAAACAGACAAAAAAAAAUCUUCUUUUUGCCAUCAGUUAGAAAAAUAAGCUGUGUUCCAGCUGUUCACUGAGCCCAUGUUGAUAUAAGGGUGGUCACUUCUUGUAUGUAGCUCUCAUGUCUGCAUGUCAAAGGAAAUUUCUCCUUCCAAAGGACAUUAGCAUGGCCAUCUUUAAGGAUAAUUGCAUAUUCCUUGUGAAUCUUGAGGAUGUUUGACACAGUUGUCUCAGCCCUCUUCAUCUUUGUAAUUAAAACGAAGGGUUGACCUCCAAAGAUAAGGAUCAUACUCAUUUUUGCCAAGUAAAGGCAUCGAUUACUUCUGGAAAGUGGGAGGGGACCAGUACCUGGAGCUGCCAAGAGGGUUUUCAGUUUUAGAGGCAUUAGCUUUCAUGAGCUGUAGAAUCAAAUGCAAGCCUCUGGAAGGGCACAAACGAUAUCAACCCCCCCUAACAAAAAUAAAGAGGGUGACAUGUCUCUGCCUCCGCCAUUGAUCAACGCCCACGAUGUCAGGUAAUUUCAGUGCUUUAGUUUUAAAUUAACAGCUGGCACAAAAGAGACAAAUCCAAGCUGAUGGUUCAAGAAUGAAAUAAAUGACAGCAGUGUAGUUAUUAUUUGAUCUUACUUGAUUACACUCUGAGUCACCUGGAAGUUUUGUAGUUUGGAAGAAUAAAUGGCUUUGUCUUUCGAGGACGUAUAGAUGUGACGGCA